CGAACGGUUCGCUGAGCUCGGUGAAGUGCUGUAGUCAGAAAAGAAAAUAAAAAUAGAGAAAUUAAAAAAAACCAACCAAGGCAACAAGAAGUGGACAAACAGCUUCUCUAAAAGUGGAAGGGGGAAAUAAAAAUAAUAUUGAAAAGUUAUCUGUAUAUUAACGACAACCACUGUGCGGCGCGGCGCGGUGUGACUACUUCCCAUGUCACUUUAAAGUCUCGUCGCUAAUUGUUUUUGUGUCCGUUCGUGACGCUGACUUAGUGAAACGCGUAAAAAUAAUAAAAUAACAUUUUAACUGCAAAAAAAAAGCAAAUAAAUAAUCGCAAAAGAGGCACAUCUACAUAUGUAUGUGUGAUGCGGCAAGCGCCCCAGUUCGGUGAGUGUUUGGCCAGACGCGUCAAGAACCUGCGACGCUGCGCGCACGUCUUUAGCACCGGAGUUUACUUAAAAAAUACAAACAAGUGAAAUUAAGUAAAUAUUUGCUAAGCAAAUAAAGAGUUUAGCGAAUAGGACUUGCGUUUAGCGCAAACAAAUACGCGCGCGACAUGCCGAUGCGGCAAAAUUAAACAAAAACAGCAAGCUAAAUUGUGCGUGUAACAUUCGCAAAAAAAAAAAAGAACAAAAACUUAAGCAAAUAUUUUGAAAUUUUAUUUUUAUAAACCAAACUGUGCUAAUAAUAAACCAUAGCAAAUUUGCUUCGAGUUGAGUGAAUUUUUACUUUCAACAAAAGGGACGCGCUGGCCGAUAGCCAAACUCAUCAAAUUCCGCUUGAGACUCAUCACCUCAAUUAUUGAACAAACAAACCGGCCACCGCAAUGCAUACGCUCUUUAGCGAUCAGAACUCCUUCUCCCGCCAUUACGCGCAGACCGCCGGCUACCCCAGCGCCGCAACUGCCGGCGCUAUGACAACUGCCUCGGCGGCCGCCGCUGCCCAUUACGCGUACGAUCAGUAUUCGCGCUACUCCUACCCGGCGAGCGCUUACGGUUUGGGCGCACCCCACCAAAAUAAGGAGAUCGUCAAGCCGCCCUACUCCUACAUCGCGCUCAUUGCCAUGGCCAUUCAGAAUUCCGCCGACAAAAAGAUCACCUUGAAUGGCAUUUACCAGUACAUAAUGGAGCGCUUUCCCUACUAUCGCGACAACAAACAGGGCUGGCAGAAUUCUAUACGACACAACCUCAGCUUGAAUGAGUGCUUCGUGAAGGUGGCGCGCGACGAUAAGAAGCCCGGUAAGGGCUCAUAUUGGACGCUCGAUCCCGAUUCGUACAACAUGUUCGACAAUGGCUCGUUUUUGCGACGGCGUCGCCGUUUCAAGAAGAAGGAUGUGAUGCGCGAAAAGGAGGAGGCCAUGAAGCGACAGGCGAUGAUGAAUGAAAAGCUGGCCGAAAUCAAGCCGCUCAAACUGAUGACAAAUGGCAUUUUGGACCACAAGCACAUGGCUGCCCAUGCUCACUUCAAGAAGGAACCGAUCAUGGAACUGGGUUGCCUCACCGGCAAAGACAUGCACACUGGACUGAGCACCGCUAUGCUGAAUUCAUGCCACGAUAGCUUGGCGCAAAUGAAUCAUCUUACCGGCUCGGUGGAGCAUGCCGGCUUCACCGUCGACUCACUGAUGAACGUCUACAAUCCACGCAUACACCACAGCGCCUAUCCCUAUCACCUGAACGAGGAUAAUUUGACUGUCGCCUCAACGCAAAUGCACGCCCAUCAUGCCGCCGCCGCGCACCAUGCCCAACUGCGUCAUCAUCAUGUCGCCCACGCCGUCACGCAUACGCAUCCGCUAACGCCGGGUGGGCACGCGGGCAUACAGCUGGGCGGCACAACCACCUUAUCGUCGGGUGCAUCGCCCACAACGAUCUCUACGCCACAUGGACCCACACACGGCGGCUGGUACACACCUGAAACGCCACCAUCUGAGCCAAUUGGCAAUGGUGGCGGUGGUGGUGGCGGUGGCUCUACAAAUGCUGGGACGCCCAACAACAAUAAUAACAACAACAACAACAACAGCAAUCAUAAUCAUAACCAUAACCAUAACAGCUCAGCUGGUGGCGUGCUCGUUGGCAAUCACAACCACGCAUCGGCAAUUACGGUUACCAGCAGUCCGUCGGCUAUUGUCGGCGGCGUUGUCACCGGACACACUUCGCUGGGUUUCCGCGAUAUGCUCUUCGAGCAGAAUCAGCCGUGCCAAAUGGACACGGGCAGUCCGAAUGGUAGCCUUCAAUCCGCCAGCCCGCCGUCUAGCGCGAGCGCAGCGGCCGCGUCAGCAGCAGCGGCAGCGUCGGUGAUCAGCAGCCAUCAUCAUCACCACCAUCACCAUCUAAGCGGGAAUCUAGGAAAUCUGAGUAAUCUAAGCAACUUAAGUCAUUAUCGCUCGCACGUGAGCCACUACCAAGACUAUGGCAUUAAGUAUGGCGUCUAAGAUGGUUGACGGCGGAGGUGUGAGUGGGCAACUGAGGUGCUGAUGGUUGCAGUUGGGGUAGCAAGUGAAGACGGCCAGAUGUGCCGGUGGUGAUAACAACGCGGUGACGCGUGUUUCAGCGGAGCUUCUUGCCAUUCGCAUCGACAAGCAAUGCAUUUGUGCGACCGACGGAUAGACGAAUAUUCGGAUAUAAUUCAUUUGAAUCGACAGUCGCAGCAGACUCUUCAGCACUCAUCUCGGUACUUAACUAACAACAAUUUGAUAACAACGAUCUUUAAUUACUUUUAGUAGUCAUUCUCAGAAAACAAACUAAGGUAUACGAUUUUACAUUCUAAGUGUUAAAUUUAUGGAGAGAAUUUUUUAUUUAAACAUAUUUGCAAGCCAAACGAUCGUAGAUAAAUUUCGUAAAUUUUUUCCACUUUAAAUAUUUUCCUUAACCUUUACCCAUUUCUCAAUUGCGAUCACUUGGCAUCCAUUUCACAUGUGCAUUAACAUUUGUUCGAAUAAUUUAUUUGCAUAGUCACCUUGUUAUUUUUAGUCACUUUAUUACAAAGAAAAAGCUACAACGCGCUAAAAAAAAGCGUAAAAUUAAAAUAAUUGUUUAAUAAAAAAAAAAAAUUGAAUGUGUGAAUUAGCAUACAAAAGCAGUAUGUAUAAACACAUUUGUUGUUGUAUUUUAAGCGAAGAAAAUAUUUAAAUUUAUUCAGCUGAUAAGUUUUAGCGAAUAGCAAAGAAAAUUUGUGAUGCAUUCGAAAUAAAAUCUUAAGCCUUUUAUUUUUAACUAACAUACAUACAUACAUACGUACGUAUAUACA